UUGGGUUGGCAUGGGCUGGGCUGGGCUGGGCUUGUGCAUGGGACUCGGUUUUUGGUUGUGAGUGCUGGAGUGUUCCUCCGUCCGUCGAUGUCGCUGUCGCUGGAGAGCUCAGUUCGUCUGUCUGUCCUGUUCGAGGUCGUGCUCUGUUGCGUUUCUUGCUCUGCGCUCGAGCCCGUCGCGUUUGUGGCGAUUUGAAUUGCUGGGUCAAUUCGCAGGUUGGGGUUGUCAGCGGAAUUCUGGUUGUGUGGGAUCGAGAGAGGCAGAGAGAGAGAUGGACAGGUUGCAGCGGAUCUUCUCUGGUGUGGGAGGAGGGGGUGGAGGCAUGGGGGGCCCUCACCCCGAUGCCCCUUUGGUGGACUCGUCGGAGCAGGUGUACAUUUCUUCGCUGGCGCUUCUCAAGAUGCUGAAGCACGGACGAGCUGGAGUCCCGAUGGAAGUUAUGGGAUUAAUGCUGGGAGAGUUUGUGGAUGAGUACACCGUUCGUGUCGUCGACGUAUUCGCCAUGCCGCAAAGCGGAACUGGAGUGAGUGUGGAGGCUGUGGACCCCGUCUUUCAGACCAAUAUGCUCGACAUGUUGAAACAGACCGGCAGACCUGAGAUGGUAGUUGGCUGGUAUCAUUCCCAUCCUGGUUUUGGUUGCUGGCUCUCGGGUGUGGACAUCAAUACCCAGCAGAGUUUUGAAGCCCUAAAUCAAAGAUCAGUAGCUGUUGUCGUGGAUCCUAUUCAAAGUGUGAAAGGCAAAGUGGUGAUCGAUGCUUUUCGCCUGAUCAACCCUCAGACGAUGAUGUUGGGGCAAGAACCUCGGCAGACAACGUCUAAUCUUGGUCACCUGAAUAAGCCAUCUAUCCAGGCACUUAUUCAUGGUUUAAAUCGACAUUACUACUCGAUUGGCAUCAACUACCGGAAGAAUGAGCUAGAGGAGAAAAUGCUACUGAAUCUGCACAAAAAGAAGUGGACGGAUGGUCUGACACUUCAUCGGUUUGACGAUCAUGCCAAGACCAAUGAAUCGACUGUGCAGGAAAUGCUGGAACUAGCUGUGAAAUACAACAAAGCAGUUCAAGAAGAGGAUCAACUAUCACCGGAAAAGCUCGCCAUCGCCAACGUGGGACGGCAGGAUGCCAAGAAGCAUUUGGAGGAGCACGUGUCCAAUCUCAUGUCAUCCAACAUCGUGCAGACUCUUGGAACUAUGCUGGACACUGUUGUCUUUUGAAUCGAAACUGCUGAAGUGGAAAUCAAGUGUCUCCAAUGCAAAACGCGCAGGUCGAGGGAGGGUCUUAACGAGAAAAAUGUGCUUACGUCCCUCGAAGACACCCAACAACCUCCAAGUUGGUGUUCUCAAGCUCAUCUUGAUGUAGGAUCUCACUGUCACCAGGUCUUAGUAGUAUCAACAGAGUGGCAAAUCAAAUUAUAUGUAGUUCACAGAGCAAAUUAAAUUAGAUCUGCCGAGUUUCAGUCUUAGUCGCGCUAUGACGAUGUCAGUUCAUUUCAUGACCAUUGUAAUCGUAGUUCAGUCUCCCAUUUUCCGCACAAGCCUCACUAUGACAGGCCUAGUGUACAGCUGACCCACUUUGGUGAGUUCUGCACUACGACAUGGUUAGAUGUAUUCACCAGGGCAUCAUUGCCAGUAGAUUCGGCUGGAGUAAACACGAAGAUAUUCGCUGUACAUGAAAGAAUCGAAACAGUGUUAUGUCUCAGAUGACCCGCAACGUCGAGAGUUUCCCUCUUCCACAAGGGUGUAGUCGCCUGGUGGCGGCUUCACAGCAGAGGAGAACGUGGGUAUGCACUUGGACAGUAGACUGCAACAACCUUACUGAAGUCUCUACAUUAGCAUGCGUUUGACUCCAAUGAAGUCUCCAAGUUAGCAUACUUGGUUGAUAUCAUUGGUUUGGGCCGAGAUGGACUUUUGAGAUAUGGUCCUUAAUGCUUUGAACGUCAGAAUAUUUGCUACUUUGAAGACGUAAUUUACAAUGAAAAAUACAGAGACAGGCAUUGGCGUGUUUGAGCCCUUUCUAUAAAUUUGGUACUUUUCAUACACUUUCCAUCAUUCUGCUAGACAACCUCAAGGAAAUGGCCGUGGACAAUUGCGCUACCGCACGCCGAAUUUGUGGUGGUUUGUGUUCAGUUCCCCUCGUUGCCCCAGAAUGGCUUGCAGCGAGGGCGAGAUGCAAAGACGAGGGGGCCCCUGACUCGGUUUCGGCAGCUACGUGGAAGAACCAGGCGAAUGCAAGACAAGAGAUUGCACCGACACAGUUCCUCUUCUCAGGCCGAGUGGGGAAAAAUAGUAACCACUCUUGGCUAAAUAAUUUAAGGUCUCUCGUUGAAUCUCCUAAGCAUGAAUCACUUUACAAAUCACUAAUGGGCUCAAUCGAACCUUUGCAACUUUCACCCUCCCGAAUUCAGGAGGCAAAACUGUCUAUCAUAAUUACAGACCUGUCUAGAUGUAAUCUCACAAACUGAGUUCCCUUAACCAUUUUGUAAAACAGAGCGCCCUCGUUCUUCUGAUGACAGCAACCAAGGCUUACAAACUUGUCUCGCUGAUCCUCUCCUAGGAAGAAUUAGCUUAAUCAAGCCGUCAAUUUUCACCCUCCAUCACAUUUUUGGAGGCCAUUAUUUCUGUUACAAAUACACAUAAGGUCCAAUCUCUCUCUCUCUCUCUCGCUCUCUCUCUCACUCUCUCCACCUCUCCAUAUCACUCUCGCUCUCAAUCUCCCUUUGGUGGUGAGACCGUGGGGUGAUAGCACUUCAACCCCUUCUGUGUCUUUAACUUGGUAGUAAACCAAACCAAGGAACAAAAAACCAUUUUAAGAGUGCGGCCCAUCCCUUCCUCUUCUUCUUGUUCAUGUACAGCACGCUGCCCGCAAGCACACACUCGCUAGAUUGAGCUCUGGAUUGCCGGGCUCACGGACAAUAUGGUGAGACUAGGCACUUCUUCCGGAACGAACCCCCCACCUGACACCUCGAUGAUGAACGAAGACACUACGAAGGAAAUCGAGGGAGUGUGACAUCAUCAAAGGGCUCCCACCGGUCGCACUCAGGCCGUGCAAGAGAAGAGCUUCCGUUCGCUUCUCGGUGGAUGUGGAGUGGAGCAGAGGCAGGGUCGUCGUGAGAAGUGGCAGCAGCCCGAGUGAAAGUGAACGGGAGGUGACCACGGCUUCUCACCUCAGCAUGUCCACCACAUGUCUCAUGGUCGGGCGCUCCUCUGGGAUCUCCCUCGUGCACAUGAGAGCCACUUUCAUGAACAGAUUGAUCUGCUUCAAGUUCGAGCCUGUCAGACCGGACCCCGAUGUUCCCACCUUCGGUGCCAGAAGGUUCGGGUCUAAGAUGUCCUGCGUCCUCUCAGGAUACGACGCUUGACACCACUUCCUGAUUGUCAUCUCAUUCCCGAACAUGUCACCUGAUGGCCUCUUUCCCGUCAGCAUCUCCAGUAGAGUUAUACCGUAACUGUACACAUCUCCUUUGGGAGACACUGUUGCUGAAAAGCCGUAUUCUGCA